GAGAGAGGUUGGCGCAGACUGUUGACGUCACAGCAAAAACUGUGUUACGUCCUUUCUACGCGACUCGGGCGGGGAAUUUGAGCGGACUGUUUGUUGGUGUCACGCCGUGUCGGUGAUAAACUCUGUCGGGUUGUAAAGUAGAUUAUACACAAGGAUAAUCAGAUAUUUCACCGGGAAAGUGGUCAGUAUGAUGGAAGAAACGCCUCAGAACAUAAUGUCUGAAUCUAAUAAUGUUAACGGCUCUCAGAGAAGAAGAUCCCCGAGGUUUAGUUCACCUCCUCCGGAUACAAAUGACACAAAGAUGGCCUCUGCUGCUGUGAAACGCUCCAUCACUGUGAGGAAGAUAGCACCCAGGAAAACAGUCGCACCGUCCGAGAACAACAAGGAGAACCACCAGGAGAACAACCAGGAGAACAACAAGGAGAACAACCAGGAGAACCACAAGGAGAACACGCCGAGGCGGUCUGAGCGCAGCCAGCAGAAGCUGAAGGUUUCCACCCCGAGUCCUGUCCCGGGUUGUGGAGGCUCCUCUUCGGCCAAGAAGAAGAAGAAGAAGGCCGUUAUUCUGUCACCGAUCCUCCCGUCCCCGCCACCGCCGGCUGUGGUUCAGAGGGCAGAGCUGGUGUCCCACCAAUCGCCGCCAGCAGCAGCAGAUCCAGAGGACGCGGUGUGGUCCCAGAAAGUGCGCCGCUCCUACAGCAGGCUCAGCGACAAGUCCUUCGACUCUCGGGACACCAUGUUCGGCUUUGAGAAGCUGCAAACACCCGAGGUGUUCCGGAGAGUCGAGCGGUCCAAGACAGGUCUGGAGGUUUCUUGUGCAUCCUUGCUGUCUGGUGGUCUGAACUCAUUCACAUCUUUGCUUGAGGCGGAGGAUAAUGGUUCAGCAGCUUUCCCCGAGCCGGACCUAAACAUCCCCGGAGUGGUCAUGGUGAAGGAGAAGAGGAAGAGGAUGAAGAAGGUCCAGCAGAUCGGCACCACGGAGCUGAACGAACUGGCUGCCCAGAUGAACGCAGAGUUUGAGGAGGCUGAGGAGUUUGAGUUGCUCGUGGAGUGAAUAAUGUGACUCCUACAGCAUGUUAUUUGUCUCAAAAACACUGACUCUGGAAGGACAACACUCAUCUGUGUGCCUCAUACUCAAAACAUUCAUGUUUUUGUGUAUUUCCUGUUCUUUAUAUUGUACAUUUGAAUUGUUUUGGAGUUUCAUAUGUUUGGUUAAAUGCUCUUGAUGUGGUUAUUUAGGACGUUAUUAUGUGGUCACAUCAUGAUCAGUAGAUUUAGUAAAAGUUAAAGCAUGUUCUUUGUUUUGGUUAUUAUUGAAACAUUAUAUAUGUUUUAUUCACUGUGAUCAAAUAUCUUAUAUUUGUCAUGUUAAAGGGACUGUUUGUAAGAAU